AUGGAGUAUUUGGAAAAUGGAGAUUUAGGGAAAUUUCUUACACGGGCGUUUCCAGAGACAGAGGUGAAGCUUAUUACGACUCAGCUGCUGGAGGGCUUAUCAUAUAUGCACGAAAACGGGUUUAUUCAUGGAGAUCUCAAGCCUGGUAAUAUCUUAGUAUCAGAACAAGGACCAUGCUGGUGGGUCAAAUUAAGCGAUUUUGGUAUAUCGCGGAAGGCCGAGGAGAUCUCAACCAACUUCCGCACCAUCGUCGGAACCAGGAGUUACCUGGCUCCAGAAAUACUUGGCAUAUUCAGCCCUGAUGAUAACGACUCAGACGGCAAAGAUGACGAAGAUGACGACCGAAGCGAAAAGGAGGAAACCUACACCGCCGCCGUCGACCUGUGGGCGCUGGGUGCCAUUAUCUACCAACUGCUCACCAACCAGGGAGCUUUCAGCAAGCCUCGGAGACUGUGGAACUAUGUGCUCCGGAAAGCGCCGUUUCCAAGUCGACUGCUGAGCGAGGCUGGGAUAAGCAAGGAGUGCUCGAGUUUCUUGGAACAAUUAAUGGCCCCUGCUCCGGGGAAUCGGCCAUCUGCGAGCCAGGCUACGCUGCACGCCUGGUUGUUGAAGGUGGACGAGUAA